AUGUCUGCUCCUAAAAUAAUCUUUUACUUCGACAUUGGCAGUCCCUUCGCCUGCAUUGCGUUCCAUGUGUUGAGGACAUCCCCUGUCUUUGCGACAUGUGAUAUUGUCUAUGUCCCCGUCUCCCUGCGAGAACUGUUUCAGACGUGCCAAAACACACCUCCUCUUGCAGUCAAGAACAAGUUUCAAUGGAUCAACCGAGAGCGUAUUUACUGGGCUCGUCGCUUCCAGGUUCCCAUGUCGGAAGCCAUCCCAGAGGGAUUUCCUGCAUCCACUUCGGACGUUCAACGUGCACUCUCCCUUCUGGCUACACAAUUUCCCGAUAAGUUAGUUCCUAUCGUGGAUAAACUCUAUCGCGGGUUUUGGGAAGAGGGAAGCUCGAAAGUUCUCACUGAGUCCGGUUUCUCUGCUGUCUUUGAGAGUGAGCUUGGUGCCGAGAACGUUAAGCAAAUUUUGGAUCAGUUCAAAGGUACUGAGGCGAAAGCCACUCUGGAUGGAAACACACAACAGGUUUUCACCUCCGGUGCCUUCGGUUUGCCUUGGUUUGAUUGCACAAACCCCCAAGGAGAAAAGGAAGGUUUCUGGGGGAUUGAUCAUUUAGGUCGACUUGUGGACUUUCUGCAACUAGACACCAGUCUAGACAAGUCUUUCCGCGUCUUACUCUGA